CCGGGGGCAGCCAGGGGCAGGGCACCCGCUCCCUCCAGGGAGGAUCCGCCGCGACGCUGCUCCAAGAUGCACAGGACCACCAGGAUAAAGAUCACCGAGCUCAACCCCCACCUGAUGUGCGCCUUGUGCGGCGGCUACUUCAUAGACGCCACCACCAUCGUGGAGUGCCUGCACUCCUUCUGCAAAACCUGCAUCGUCCGCUACCUGGAGACCAACAAGUACUGCCCCAUGUGUGAUGUCCAGGUGCACAAAACCAGGCCCCUCCUCAGCAUCAGGUCAGACAAGACCCUUCAGGAUAUCGUGUACAAGCUGGUCCCGGGGCUUUUCAAAGACGAGAUGAAGAGGCGGCGUGACUUCUACGCAGCCUACCCCAUGGCCGAGGUUCCCAACGGCUCCAACGAGGAUCGCGGGGAAGUCUCCGAGCAGGACAAGGGGAACCUGGCGGACGACGAGAUCGUCAGCCUGUCCAUAGAGUUUUACGAAGGAACGAGGGAGGAGAAGAAAGGGACCGUCGAGAACGGGGACCUGGAGAAGGAAAAGAAGAACGGGGUGCGAUUCCUGCGCUGUCCCGCCGCGAUGACGGUCAUGCACCUGGCCAAGUUCCUCCGCAACAAGAUGGACGUGCCCAGCAAGUACAAGGUGGAAGUCCUCUAUGAAGAUGAACCCCUGAGGGAGUAUUACACCCUGAUGGACAUUGCCUACAUCUACCCCUGGAGGAGGAACGGGCCCCUGCCGCUGAAAUACCGCGUCCAGCCCGCCUGCAAGCGGCUCAAGCUGUCCCAGCCGGCCACCUCCGAGUGCACCAACACCAGCGGCGCCUCCGAGUGCGAGUCGGUCAGCGACAAAGCCCACAGCCCCGCCACGCUGCCCGCCACCUCGUCCUCCCUGCCCAGCCCCGGCACGCCAUCCCACGGCUCGCCCAGCUCCAACGCCACCGCCGGCAGCGGCCCCGGCCCCGCGCUCAACGGCACCUCGAACUGCCACCCGCUGCCCCCGGCCGCCAGCCGGUGCCGCAAAACGACUGUCAAUGGCAGCACGGCCUCCGCCUUGACCUAAAAAGGGAAAAAAAAAAAAAAACAACAAAAAACAAGAAAACAGGGACGCCUGGCUGGGUUUUAUAUAUCUAUAUAUAUUAUAUAUAUACAUAUAUAAAUAUAUAUGUGUACAUAGGGAGAAAAAAUUAUACAUACUUAUUUUCUAUUGAUUGACCAGAUUAAUUUAAAAUG